GUGCAUCCCAAACGCAGCAUCCUUCCCUACAGCGUGAGAUAUCGCCAAUGAACGCACCACGUUAUGGUUUAACGUGUGGUGCUCCGGGCCAAACGCAAUCUUUUGUGCAUAUUUUAAUUUAUACCGAACAUUUAUUCGGGGACAGCAGCACAAUUUGGUUAAAUCCGUGACCCACAAAUAAACACCCCGCGUGACCAACGGAAUGUUUUAACGGCGCGAGCGAAUCGACUUCAUCCACUGAGAAGCCGUUUUUUGGGAUCGUAACCAACUGAAUGAAGACAAACGUGGGGAAGGAACGUUUUAUUGACUAAAUAUGUGUGGUAAUCGGUAACGGUAGGCUGAGAAAUAUUCAAACCACAAAACAAUCACCCUGAGGUCACGUUUAUUAUUGUUGACAGGGGAAAUACCGUCGAUGUUUUGAUACUUGCAUCAGUCGUUAAUAGGAAAACGGCAACUGAUAUUGUUUAAAAAUCUAGGUAAUGUAGUUGAAAUUUUAUUGCAUGUAACGUAGACGCAUGAAUGAUGUAUUAUUAGUAUAUUUUUUGGUGAUCAUAAUUAUUCGCUGUUAGACAUAUGCCUUGAUGUUUGACAGUUGGAAAUUACAGACGCUUUAGCAAAAUAACAGAUGGCAUGAGCCAUAACUACAUCCGGUCAUAGUAAACACUCACUGCAUGUGUUAGCAACUUCAUGUGCAUUUAUUUAAAUGAAACAAAGACACAAACAUUAAAUCCAGUAUUUAAGUUCAUCAUAUGGGUAGCCUGCUAAAUGUACAGUUGUUAUUUUAUGUACAAUGCAAUGUAAAUUUCCUCAAAUCAUACAUUUAGCAUGCCAUUCCACUUCUUAAUCGGCUAUAAGCCUAUAACUUUAAGUUGAAAUUGAUUCUGAGAGAUACAUCUUCACGUUGAAACCCUAACAUAAGCAAUAACUCACAAAAAAGACAGCAAUAAAUAUCGUUUAGAGUAGAAGGGAAUGUCUGAAUGUAUGUUUGCAUGAAGCCAAAGACACAUAAUCAUUAAGAAGAUUCAUUUUACAUUUAAAACUCACUGUGAAACACAUUGCAUCGUUUUUUUCUCAGGUUAAAUCAGCCAACCGAUGUUUAACAUAAAUGUAUAGCACAAAAUCCUUAGUUAAUGUCACUUGUCUUCCAUUACCUGCAUAAAUUUCUCAUUCUAAACUAAUCACAAACCUCAGCGCAGUCUUCCACUGUCAAAAAACAAGAAAACGUUUAGUGAAUAUAUCACUGUAUAUAUUUUAGAAAUCAGAUUAGAUACUAAUCAAAGUAUUUUAUCAUUAAAAAGUGUAUUAAUAUCCAUUAUUAAGAAAGCUCUUGCUAACAUAUAAAUAGGUCAAGAAGAACAGUUACUGACUGAAACUUGAGUCUGGCAUCUCAGCUCUUUUUUCUUUCGUGGAGUAACUGAAUACUCUGUGCCUGGACUUAUUGAAGCGAUCACUUGCACAGAGGGCGUCACAUCUCUGAUACUCCCUCACUGGACUCCUUUGCUCCUCAUCACAACACUCAUCUCCACCAGACUAGAAGGACAGGAGGAAACAUCAUCAGGGUCUGAACUAAAAGUGAAGCCCACCAUCAUCUCAGUGUUUUCUACACUGUCAAGCUCAUCUGUUCACAGAUCCAGAAGACGUAUUUCCUCCGCUGGGCUCCUGUCUUGCUGUGGACUACUGGCCGAGACCUCCUGCUCUUCAGUUUGAGCCUGUGUUUUGUGUGCGUGUGUUUGUGUGUGUGAAAGACAGAGACACGACUCCGAAAGCAACGCUUAUCAUCUGUGAAGAUGUCUGCACUGCGGCUUCUAUGGGUCCCUGUGCUGUUGUGUUUAACACACGCCAAUCAGAGGCCAAUAAAUCAAUUAUCUGUCAAUGAUGAUCAGUGAUGUGAUGGAUGUAACACUAAAAACGUUUAACUCUCUGUCUCCCUCUUUCUCUCUCAUUUGUUUUCUUCCUCUCUUGUCUUCCAGUUGAUGUAGCACUAAUUUUUACUCUUUUUCUCCUUCCUCCUUUCCUCUCAGCCAUCAAAAGCAAAUUGUAAAUGUUGUUUUUGCUGAGUACAGAGACGCCCAUAAAAAAAAUCAAAAUAGCAGAAAGUCCUGCAGGACGACUCUUGUUAAUAAUGUAAAUCUGUAGCUGUGAUUGAUGUGUGUGCGAUGUUUCCUGUCCCUCAUCUCAUUGCGCAUAUAUAAAUACUUCUCCAGAGGUCAGAAUUGCAAAAAGAUCAUUGGUUGAGAGCGAUGCAGAUGUCUCUGUGGAAACAGCAGGGUGAAGUGUGAGAGAGAGAUACUUGGAAUAUCAGCUUGGCUCUGCCAUGGGGCGUGUGUGGAAGUGGACUCCGACACGGAGGCAGUGAUGGGGAAAGGCUUCAAAUUGGGCUGUAUCUCUUGCAAGAUGAGAGGGGAAGUACCAGCCUCUGCCACAGUGGACUGGUGGUUCAUGGCCAAAGGCGAGAGUGAAUUUGCACAUAUCUACAGUUAUGCAGAUAUGACAGCCUACAUAAUGGAUGACCGCUUCAAUGACCGCCUGGCCUGGAACGGCAGUAAAAAAACCGAUGAUGUGCAGGACGGCUCAAUUUUCAUCCUUAACGUCACCUUCAACGACACCGGCACCUAUCGAUGUUUCUUCGACCGCACCCUUGUCUUCCCCAAUUACGAAUACCACACCAAUGCCACCAAGUUUAUCAACAUCAACGUAGUAGGCAAAGCUACACGAGGCACAGCGUCCAUCUUAUCUGAGAUCAUGAUGUACGUGUCCAUCAUUGGGCUGCAGUUGUGGCUGGUGGUGGAGAUGGUCUACUGUUACAGGAAGAUCGCAGCAGCUGGAGAGGAAGCGCUGAGAGAGAGCGAGGCGGAAUAUUUAGCUAUAACCUCGGAGAGCAAAGAUAAUUGUGCAGGUGUAGCGGUGGCAGAAUAACACAGGUCCAAAAAAAGUCUCAAGCCAAAAGCUUGACGCUCCGUCCAACACGGCCUCCUCCGUCACCCACACCGGCUCUCUGUGAAACCGCACGGCUGCUGUUUUGACCUUUGUGUACAACUGUGACAGAACCGCCAUUCUAAACCAUCAGGGAAACACACAGUCACACAUUACACCAAAAGGAAAAGUUUAGUUUUAAGGCUCUAGAUGACAACUUCGAGGUUAACGAAUGAAUGAUGCAUUCAUUGGUUCAAGCAUGAAUCUGUAACACUGAACAUGACUUGUACAUACGUGUUUUAGCUUUUAACACCUCUUUGCUUUUUCCACAUAAUGAGAACUUAGCUUUACGUGCCAUAAAAAUGAGUCACCACAGUAUAUCUACAGAGCCAGAGGACAUCACAAAUAUUAUAAAGUGUAUAAAAAAAUCACUAGUAUAUUUAACUGAGCCAGAGACACAAAAAAACAACUGUCAAAUAGAGUGAUAUACGUGAAGACAUAUUUAUACCAUUAUUUAAAGAUCAAACAUAUUAAGAAAAAAAUAAUAAAAUAAAAACUUACAUAUUAGGGUUUGUUCAGUAAAGCGUUAUUAAGAGCAAUUUUACGUUAAAAAAAAAAAAAAAAACAUACCGAACCGUCAUAUUUGUGUACCUCUAAUAUAGAGAAAUCAUAACAUUUCAUGUUUGGCAGCUAUAGGAACAUGUAAUUAGCAUUACAUAGCUAAUGCCAACGCACAUUUACAAGAGCUUCCUAUCUGAAAACUGCACCUGUCAACCACAACUAACUUAACUAACCACUGCUAAACUAAGUUCUCACUGGUACGUAGUAAUUCACUUAAAUUGUCAUUGCAUCUAUAAAAACAUCAUGACCAGCACCCUGUAUUGGUAUUGACAUUUUGACACUAUAAAGCACAAAAUAACCAUUGUGGGUAAAGAGCAGACAUUGUGAGUAGCAUAUAAAGCUAUUCACAUCAUUCUCCUAAAAGAAAAAAACUGCGAAGCUAAUGAAUGUCACGUAUAUGUUAAUAUCAUAGACGUCAGGAAAGUGCAUUGUUGUGUAAGAUCCAUAUCCGAAUUCAGCUACAGAAACUAACGUGAUAAAUAUAUUAAUAACAAUGUGCCGUAGAGGAUCUGUGUUAUUAAUCAUUCUCAUGUUGGCCUCACAAUUCCUCCCCUUUUCUUUUUGUCUUUGCUGACAAGAUAAUCAAGGGCUGCAUGAAAUCGAUUGAGAAUGACUCAAAGUUUAAAAUGUGCCUCCUGUAGGAACGAUGUUUAUGCCUCUGGCUUCUCAUGCAUGAUGAUUUCAAAUGAAAACGGAACGAGAAAGCAGGAAUCAAUAGUUUUCAUUCACAAGUGCAGUAAAGAAGCUUCCAGUCUUUCCUCUCCCUCUAUAGUAGCCAAUUUCUGGUAGUGACUACAAGAGGGCAGCACAACACUGCCAAAGUCUCACUGCCUUUAUGCAUGAAUGAACGUUCUCGAGACUUCCCAGCAAUGGUUUUCUUACUUUUUAUAUCUUUCAUUCGGUGGUUGUUAAAUUGGUGGAUUUCUACUGCAUGAUUUUAAAUACGCUUUUAUGAAUACCGUCAUAAACACUGCCACAGUUGUAACACCGGAUCUGUUUCAUCCUCGACCGAGCAAAACUUUAACUCCACAGCUGCUUUUAGUGCUGGGAUUACUAAAACAUAGAUGUCACAGAAUAUAGUCAUUAUCUGACAACGUCUGCACCUCUGUAAAGUAUAUCAACACGACGACUUUAUGGCCUCAACAAUUCCAGGAUGCAUUUCAUGUUGAAGUGAAAAUGUUGCUUGCCAAAUAAAUUAUGGACAAGGUAGUAUAUAAUAAAAUACAAUUAAAAAUACA